AUGAUUUGGAUUCAAGUUACUUUACUGUCGUUGUUCUACGCAAUAUUGAUUCCCCUUGAGGAUGCUGAUCCCGGACUUGCUCUUUCGGAAGUUGCGUUUGUACUUUUGAGAACGCAAAUUCCUUCGUUGACGAUGAGCAACAUCAGUAUAACAGUUCCAGCGCCCCAGCCAAUCCAUAGAGUGGCGGCACCAAGUCCACCCAAACCGUUUGAGGAAGACGCAGCAUCAGAGCCGGAUUUCGUUCAGGACCGAGAGGAAUUACUCAGCGAACUUCGAAAGAAAAAGGUGAUAGUGACUUCAAAUAAGGAAAUCGAUAAGAAGACAAAUGGAAAAGAACUCCCAGCAGAAGUUCGCACCACCGAGCGAAUCCCAGAAAACCUACAUGAAGAGGAAAGUGUCACGGUACGUGCUAAUACCACACGAGGGCUGAAUGAUCAAAUCAUUGUUUCGGAGCUCACUGAGGAGAGGAAAGACAAGGAAAUUGUCCUCGACAAGGAUGGUGAACAGAAAUUCGAUAAAAACGUUGAGGAUAAGGCGAAGGAGAUCCUUAGAAAAGUGGAAGAUGUGUCUGCAAGCACUACUGCUCACAUCAAGGACUUCGCUAAAGACAUGAAAGCGGCCGUCGAGGACAUCGUCGCUCAAAAAGAGUCGGUUACGAAAGAUGUGGAGAAAGUAUUGGACAACACGAACGACAUCGCCAUGAAGAAAGCCGACCAGCUGAUCUCAGGAGCAUCCGAUUUAGUCGCGAGGAUCGACUCUACUCUAAGUGGCGGCGUGUCCAGAACGGAGAACGCUGUUAAAUCUGCUCAGCCUGAAAAUUUGGAAGAACUGAAGGGAGAGAAUAACUCCAGUCACGAAUCCAAGGAGUCAAGAAAGUUGAUUAUCAGCGACAUGUCUACGAAAAUGUAA